CAUGAAGGUCCUCCUGCUUCUCGGACUGCUGGCCCUGGCCCUGGCGGACGUGGCUCGCUUCAACGGGGAUCGAGUAUUACGUCUGAGACCUGCACUUGACCAACACGUGACCCUCAUUAAGGAUCUGGCCAACAGCAUCGAGGUGGACUUCUGGAGCCCCGAGAGCGCCGAGCUGGUGACCAUCGACAUGGACGUGGACAUCCACGUGCCCACCAAGUACCUGGACAUGGUGCACGCCAUGCUGCUGCAGAACCACGUGGACCACCAGGUCCUGAUCGAAGAUCUGCAGGAUGCCGUCGAGGCCCAAGCCGACAACGGGGCUUCACCCAGAAGCCACAGCUACACCAAGUACAACAGCUGGGACAAGGUCCAGGCAUGGAUCUCCUCCAUCUCCUCCUCCAAUCCCAGUCUGAUCAGCAAACAGGUGAUCGGAAACACCUACGAGGGACGCCCCAUGACUCUCCUCAAGCUGGGUAAGAAGAGUGGCUCCACCAAGCCCGCCAUCUUCUUGGACUGCGGCAUCCACGCUCGGGAGUGGAUCUCUCCUGCUUUCUGCCAGUGGUUCGUCAAGGAGGCUUUGUCCACCUACGGCCGAGAUUCUCAGAUGACCAGCCUGCUCGAUCAGAUGGAUGUCUUCGUCCUUCCCGUCUUCAACAUUGACGGCUACGACUACACCCACAAGAGCAAUAGGAUGUGGAGGAAAACCCGCUCCAGGAGGUCUGGAUCCAGCUGCACCGGCGCCGACCCCAACAGGAACUGGAACGCCGGCUGGUGCACCAUCGGAGCCUCCAGCAACCCCUGCAGCGACACCUUCUGCGGCUACAAACCGGAGUCUGAGAUCGAGGUCAAGAACGUCGCCGACUUCAUCCGCAGGAACAAGUCCCAGAUCAAGGCCUACCUCACCAUCCACUCGUACUCGCAGCUGCUGCUCUUCCCCUACUCCUACACCUACGGGCUGGCGGCGCACCACGGCGAGCUGCUGAGGGUCGCUCAGGGAGCUUCCGCCGCUCUCCGUCGUCUGUACGGAACUCGCUACACCAGCGGACCCGGUGCGGCAACCAUCUACCCGGCUGCUGGGGGGUCCGACGACUGGGCCUACGACCUGGGAGUGAAGUACUCCUUCACCUUCGAGCUGCGCGACACCGGCCGCUACGGCUUCCUGCUGCCCGAGUCUCAGAUCAAGCCCACGUGCGAGGAGACCAUGCUGGCCGUCAAGUACAUCGCCGCCUACGUGCAGAACAACCUCUACUGAAGCCCCGACGACCAUUUCUCCUCUCUACCAGCCCCCAUCUCCAGACCGUAUCCAUGGAAACGGUCACCACCCGCCAUGUUAGCUUGCUGGGCUUGCCAAGAAUAAAAUCAAUGAUCCGUCUCCA